AUAUGGUAGGAGGACCCAAUGGAAGGCAAUAAAUAGCAACAGCCCUCAGCUGCUGUCUCUAUCUGAGGAAUUUAGACCAAGGACUUAAAUUAAAUGGUAUGAUUUUGUGAAUUGCAUCAUUCACAUCCCAUUUAAUCUACCAUUAACAUUUAUAGGUUUGGGUUAUUCUUUGUUCAAAUUCUAGUUUAAAGUUUGUUACCUACUGUGCAUGGGAGUGGUGGGGGGGAGCUGGGCAACCUUGAUUCUGAAGGAUUUGCACAGUUGCAAAGCUGUGGCUGCUGAGACUGAGACUCUGAGCAUCCCUAACACAUGGUUGCCCCCCCCCCCUCUCUCUCUCCCUUGCUGUAAGAAACAGGGGCUGCCCGUGCAAGCUGCUCCUGAGCACAACUGCACAGCUAUGUCUCUGGCAGGACUGAAGUGUCUGGUAACAGGAGCUGGUGGGUUCCUUGGUCGAAGGAUUGUUUGCCAGUUGCUGGAAGAAGAAGAGGGCCUGGCCGAGGUCCGAGUCCUGGACAAAACAAUCAGUUCUGAGUUGCUCCAGAAUUUUGCAAGAUGAAUCUGGCUCAUUGCAGGAGGCCCCUGGGCACCUUCCAUAUUCCCAUCCAGAACGUUCCUUCUGCUCUGUCAAGAUGUGAAAGUUGCCGGGCUCAAACAGGAGGAGAAGCCUGGAGGAGAACGAAAGAAUAAAACUCUCUUGACAGUGAUGCAAGGGGAUAUCCGGGAUGGGAAAUUUCUUCACACAGCUGUCAAGGGUGUCUCGCUUGUCAUCCACACGGCUUGCAUCAUUGACCCCUUGGGACUGGUAGAGCAGCAGACACUCUGGGAUGUCAAUGUCAGAGGUACGCAGCUGCUGCUGGAGACCUGCAUUUUCUACGACGUCCCACACUUUAUCUAUACCAGCAGCCUUGAAGUGGCUGGUCCAAACUGCAGAGGUGACCCCAUCUAUGAUGGCGAUGAAGACACAGUGUACCAGAGCACCACAGGAUUCCUUUAUGCUGAAACGAAGAGAGCAGCAGAGAAAUAUGUGCUGGACUUGGAUGGCCUGCAACUGAAGAACGGCACCAGCCUAGUGACAUGUGCUCUGAGGUCCAUGUAUAUUUUUGGAGAAGGAAGUACUUUCCUUCUGCAACAUCUUGAUGAGUGCAUCUUAAACAAUAAUGUCUUUCUGAGGAACUCCAGGAAGGAGGCUUUUGUAAAUCCAGUCUAUGUGGGGAAUAUUGCUUGGGCUCAUAUCCAGUUGGCUAAAGCCAUGAGGGAUCCAGAAAAGGUCGAGCGGAUCAGAGGACAAUUCUAUUAUAUCUCAGAUGAUACUCCCCAUGUCAGCUAUGCAGACUUCAAUUACGAGUUGGCUAAAGAGCUGGGGUUUGGCAUCGAACCCAAGCUACCAAUGCCUCUAAUGAUGUUUUACUGUUAUGCCCUGUUGCUGGAGAUUGUGAGCUUCCUGCUCUGGCCCUUUGUCAGGUACAUCCCUGUCAUCAAUCGUCAGCUUCUGACUUUGCUUAAUACUCCGUUUACCUUUUCUUACAAGAAGGCACGCAGGGAUUUUGGCUACAGGCCUCGCUACACGUGGGAAGAAGCCAAGCAGCAGACCAGCCAGUGGAUUGCCGAGGUAGCACCACUGAGGGCAGCCUACCUGAAAAACAAGACUCUCUAAAGCAGAGGUCACUGGCCUCUGUGCCAGAAUGGAUCGGCCUUAGGGGCUAAGAAAAGCUGGAUGGGAGCAGCAGGGGGCCAACAGGAGACCCAAAGCGGAAAUCUUUGUGGAAAUCUUUGUUCUGAAAUACCUGAAUAAAAAAGAAAUGCUUUUUGUUUUG